CUAGCUUUUUUACAUCCACGUGUUUUUAGCUCGCGCGGUUCGUGCUGCCAAGUUCUCUCCGAAGUUCACUUCCUUUCCUCCUUUCUGCAGGUCUAAGACAGGAUCCAACUCAGCACCAUGUCCACUGAACUCGCUCUCCUGAGUGUGUCCGAUAAGGCGGGGCUGCUGGACUUUGCGAAGCGGCUCGUGUCGGUCGGGUUGUCGCUGGUGGCGUCGGGCGGCACGGCUAAAGCUCUGCGAGAUGCCGGACUCUCAGUGAGAGACGUGUCUGAGCUCACCGGUUUCCCCGAGAUGCUCGGCGGUCGGGUUAAAACCCUUCACCCCGCCGUUCAUGGAGGAAUCCUGGCCAGAAACACUCUGUCUGACCAGGCCGACAUGGAAAAACUCGGCUUUAAUCUCGUGAGAGUUGUCGUGUGUAACCUUUAUCCUUUCGUAAAGACCGUUGCGUCCCCGAAUGUGACUGUGGCUGAUGCAGUGGAGCAGAUCGAUAUCGGUGGUGUUACUCUCCUGCGUGCUGCGGCUAAGAAUCACGCCCGAGUGACGGUGGUCUGCGACCCAGCUGACUACGAGCUGGUGGCGAAGGAGAUGGAGGCUUCGAGUGAGAGCGACACGUCAGUCGAGACACGCAAAACUCUCGCGCUUAAGGCGUUCACACACACCGCUCAGUACGACGAUGCGAUCGCUGAUUAUUUCCGGCGCGAGUUCAGCAGCGGAGUUUCUCAGCUGUCGCUGCGUUACGGCAUGAACCCCCACCAGAGUCCUGCGCAGAUUUACACACUGAAGCCUACGCUGCCCAUAAAGGUGCUGAACGGAGCUCCAGGCUUCAUCAAUCUGUGUGAUGCUCUGAACGCAUGGCAGUUGGUUAGAGAGCUGAAGAGCGCACUGCUGACGCCUGCUGCUGCAUCGUUUAAACACGUCAGUCCUGCUGGUGCGGCCGUCGGUGUGCCGCUUAGUGAGGAGGAGGCUCAAGUGUGUAUGGUGCACGACAUGCUGAAAGAUCUCACGCCACUCGCUACUGCCUAUGCUCGUGCCAGAGGAGCGGACAGGAUGUCCUCGUUCGGAGAUUUCAUCGCUCUUUCAGACCCCUGCGAUGUUCCCACUGCUAAGAUCAUCUCCAGAGAGGUUUCAGAUGGAAUUAUCGCUCCUGGUUAUGACCCUGAGGCUCUUCGCAUCCUUGGCAAAAAGAAGAAUGGAAAUUAUUGCGUUCUGCAGAUGGAUCCCAGCUACGAGCCCGACGAACAGGAGGUGAGGAUUCUGUUCGGGCUGCACAUGAAGCAGAAGAGGAACAACGGCGUCAUCGAUAAGCAGCUCUUCAGCAACGUCGUCUCCAGCGGCAGCCUUUCCGAGACGGCCGUGCGUGACCUGAUCGUAGCCAGCGUCGCCGUGAAGUACACGCAGUCCAACUCUGUGUGUUACGCCAAGGACGGCCAGGUGAUCGGCAUCGGUGCAGGUCAGCAGUCUCGGAUCCACUGCACUCGUCUGGCAGGCGAUAAGGCCGAUAACUGGUGGCUGCGUCGCCACCCGAAAGUUCUGGGCAUGAAAUUCCGCGCCAACGUUAAACGCGCCGAGAUCGCCAACGCUAUCGACCAGUACGUCAGCAACACCAUCGGAGAGGGUCCUGAUCUAGCCGUGUGGAAGGCUCUGUUUGAGGAGGUUCCUGAACCUCUGAGCGAGUCGGACAGGAAGCAGUGGCUCGGCUCUCUGCAGGCCGUCGCUCUCAGCUCCGACGCUUUCUUCCCCUUCAGAGACAACAUCGACCGAGCAAAACAGAGCGGGGUUGAGUACAUCGCCGCUCCGUCAGGCUCCACCGCCGACGAGGUGGUCAUCAACGCCUGCAACGAGCUGGGAAUCACUCUGGUGCACACCAACCUGCGUCUCUUCCACCACUGAACACAUCGCUACAUCUCCAAUCUUCCAGUUUCUGACUUCUGAGCCCAAGAGAAGACUAAGACCUUGUAGCAGCUUUUCCAUUAGCACCUUUCAUUUGCUAAGCUGAUUAGCAUGACGUGUUGCAUUUUUCCUGUUUUUGUGCUCUUUAAACAUUCCUUUUUUGUACUGUAACUAAUAACAGCCAUCUAGUUGUGUUAAAUCAUCUCAAGUGACCAUUAAUAUUGUAGUUAAUGCUGUAAACGGUACAAAACGUUACUCAACACUACAACUCCUUCACAUUCCUUAACACUGCCUGUGGCAGCUGACGCACCUGAAAUGAGAUUAAAAUACUUUCUCCAAA